AAAUGCCCGUCCAGAACAUGGCGGCGCGGAGGGGUAGCCCUGCGAGCUGAAAACAAUGUCAGGCCCGGGAGCCUAAAGUGUCUUCGCAAACCACGGAGCUAUGACUUCUCUGGGGUCGGUGUUCGCGUCCGAGAAGCGACUGGCCGACUACUUCGUCGUCUGUGGUCUGGACCUCGAAUCGGGACUCGAACCCGACGCCCUCUCGGGUGACCAUCUACACUUCACGCCGUUGGACCGCUGCUACAAGGGCAAGGUUUUAGCGCACUACCCCGAGAAUGUCUCCUGGAACCCAUUUGACCCCAGCGCCAUCGGCAUGCUCAGCUUGCCUCAUGGAUUAUCCUUCCGGACACAGAAGCACAUGCGCGAGCCCUUCUUCCACCCGUUUGUCAUUACGCGGGAGGACGGCUCACGGACUUACGGCCAGGCACUCACCUUCUAUGAGGAGGUCACCGACCGGCAGAUCUGUUCAGCCAUGCAGACAUUACAGGCAAUGCACCUGACAGAACUGAGCUCAAGCGGCAACAAGGCACCACUGUCACGGACAGCAGCAAUCAAGACCGAGGCCCCCGUGUCGAGGUCACUCCCCAGGUCGUUUCGACUCAUGACGACAUCGAGGUCUACAGACUCGAAUGGGGGAGCCCUGUACGACAUAACGAAGGACACGCUGUACGUGAGCAAGGUGAUCUGCCUGGUGACCCCACUGCCAUUGGUCAGCGCAUGCCGGACGAUACUGCAGAAGCUGCUGUCGCUGGUACAGGGACGCGACUCCCCGCCUCUGCCCCUCGAGAGCUAUGUGUACAACCUGCUCUACGAGCUGCCCUUGCCUCCACCGGGACGCUCACUACGCCUCAGCUACCUCUACCAGGACUACGUUUGCCAGAGGCCAGGAACGGGAGAGCUGCCUUUCUUCGACUACUCGUUCCGGGAGCUCUUCGCAAUACUGGGCCUGGAGAACUGUGUCCAGCUCUUCACCAGCGUGUGCUUCGAAAACCAGAUCCUCCUCUGCUCCGAAGACUAUUACCGGCUGAUGCUGGUGGCGGAGUGCGUAACAAGCCUUCUGCUGCCAUUCCAGUGGCAGCAUGUGUAUGUGCCUAUCCUGCCCCACUCGCUACAUCACUUCCUAGACGCACCGGUGCCUUUUCUCAUGGGGCUGAAGCAUGUCUGCGGUGGCGAGGAGGGCGACGCCAUCUGUCCUGGCGAGGCCAACCUGUGCCUAGUGGACAUCGAUGGCUGCAGCGUACAAGUGCCCGAAGACCUGCCCAGCUUUCCCAACAAGCAGGAGCUCGUUGCCGAACUGCAGGAGCUGCUCACUCAGUUCGGCGUUCGGACACCAGGCGGCUCGUCGUCCCUCAUCACCUCCUCAUCGCCCAACGUGGCGGCAUCCGCAACCCUGGGGCGCAACCUCAACGACCGGCCGUUCCCUCGUCGGAAACACUCCUGGAGUCUGGAGAGCGGUGACUCCGGAGUGAGCAGCACGGGUAGCAGCGCACGGAGCUCCUUCACGAGUUUGGGCACGCCGUCGCCUCUCUUGCAGCACAGUGAGGCGUUCCAGCGCAUCACAGCUGUCGCCAAAAGAGCCGGCGUGAUGAACUCUCUCGAAGACCUGCGCCGUCCCCGUUGCCUGGACAACAGCGAGGGCAAGCUGAGUCUGCUUCGGCAGCCGCAGCAGCACACCUCGGCCGCCGCGGCAGACCGCCACCCGCAGCUGGAGGAGCUGCGGCUCAACAACGCCGUGCGCGAGAUCUUCUUCAACCGCUUUCUGCACAUGUUCCGCUCGUACGACCACUUCGUCAUACAGCCCAACCAGAAGGACAUGGAGCAGUGGCUGUCAUCGCGGGACACCGUGCACAACUUCGACAAGACGACAUUCCUGUCCGACCAGCCCGAGCCGCAUCUACCAUUCCUGUCGCGCUUCAUUGAGACGCAGAUGUUCGCCAGCUUCAUCGACAGCAAGAUCCUCUCGCUCUGGGAAGAGCCCGAUCCGUGCCUCAAGAUCUUCGACAACCGGAUAAAACUGCUUCGCAACCAUUCCAGUGAGCCCAUCAUCAACCGCUACGAACGCUGCACCGUGUACAAAGAAACGGAAUUGCCCAUCGAGAGCCGGCUGUCGGCACCGGAUUUGGUGGCACCGGUACCGAAGAUUGUCGACCCCACGGUGGACCUGCCGGGGCGCCGGAACCACAGGCCGGGGGUCUUUCCUCAGCUGGAGUCUGGCGUGCUCAACCGAGAGCCAGCACAGUCAAAGGUCAAAAAACGCGCGCACGCCCAGUUUCGUAGGAAAGACCGCUCCAUCCAGCAAGCUGAGCACUUGAAGCUCACAGCUGAGCAAAGAGAGUCUGCCUGUGUUGGCACGAAAUCGAAGCAUGCACAAUUGUGGCAAAAGUACAUGAACGAAGCAAGGGCCAAGCACAUGAAGCAACCAAAAUUCAGUGACACAGCAUCGGCUGCAGUCAUUGCACAGACCAAUUGGAAAUUUGUGGAGGCACUGCUCAUGGAGUGCAAAACCAGGACCAAGCGUAUGCUGGUCGAGAAGAUGGGAGUCGAGGCCGUUGAGCUGGGCCAUGCCGAGGCCAGCAUCACUGGCCUUGAGGAGAACACGCUACUGGCGUCGUUCUGUGACCUCCUUGAACGCAUCUGGUCACAUGGCCUGCAGGCCAAGCAGGGCAAGUCUGCACUAUGGUCUCACCUGCUCAACUAUUUGGAGGUUGAAGAGUGUCGAUCUAGCGGCAAACCGAUUGAUCGGAACUUUUUGACUCCAGUGCCAGUGCGAGCCCAAGUCCCCAAGAGUUUUGGUUUCCCCGAAAUUAUCCUCUCCCUUAAGUCGGGUGCCCUAAACGCCGUUACCAAACAUCUGGCCAACCUGGACCUCUCGAACCUGGUGCCAGACGAGAUGCCGGCGUCGCGGGGCAGGGAAGCCAAGGAGCGGAGUCGUCGGGUCAGGCCGCCGGACCUGCCCGGCCUCAAGCCGCUUCCUGUCUCCCUCUUGAUGGACGUCAAGACGGUGCAGGCAAUGACUGAGGUCAAAACGGACAUUGGCUUCGCUCGGGCUUGGGUUCGCCUGGCUCUGGAAAAGAAGCUGCUGUCCAAGCACCUCAAGAAGCUACUCUCCAACCAGGAGCUUCUCAGGAGUUCCUACAAGCGGUACGCUUUCUUGCGGUGCGAAGACGAGAAAGAGCAGUUUCUCUACUACCUCCUCACGCUCAACGCCGUUGACUACAAGUGCUUCACCAACACUUACACGGCCACAGAGAUGCCAUAUCGGGUUGUCGUGUUCCCGAGCCGCAAGCUGAGUGCCUCGACCACGUCAGCCAACGCUUGGGUCAGCGUUUCGGGUACCAUGGGCACCACAGGCGUCAUACCGGUGCCCAAGCAGUCGCUCGAGUUUGUCUGCCACCACAAAAACCUCGGUCUGCUCACCACGCUACGGAUCGGCCACGACAACACGGGUCUCUCGCCCAAGUGGAUGAUCGAGCAUGUGGUGGUCCGCAAUGAUGUCACAGGACAUACCUACAAGUUUCCCUGUGGUAGGUGGUUGGGCAGAGGCAUCGACGAUGGCAGCACGGAGAGGCUCCUAGUCGCGGAGCUGGUUCCUGCAGACAUUGACAAUGAAGAGCUGAUGGAAGCCUGCCGAACACCUCCACGUUGCCGGUCGCCCAGCGUUCCACGAAGGCCAAGUGAACCCCGGCUAACCAUUCCAGAGAUUCAGCAACUCCUCGGCGAUGCAGUCAACAACAUAGUCAAGUACUUCUACAAGUCCGAGCGAGAGAGGGGCAACUUGACGAUCCUACUUUGUGGAGAGCUGGGCCUUGUUUACUGCCUGGAACAGGUCUUCCUGUAUGGCUUCAAAGACACGCGCUUCUUCCGGCACGUCUACCUAUGGGAGUACUUUGUAAAAGUCAAGGAGUACUUCGAGUCCGCGCUACAGGACAACAUGGAGGAGGAUCGGCCGAACCAUGUGUGGCGGUGUUACUGCCAUCUGGCGAACAAGGUGGAGCGUGCCUCGCACACUAUGGGCAAGGACGGCAAGUUCCAGCUGUUCAUCUGCCUCGCUGCCAGGGAGCACUUUCUGCACCAGAUGAUGUUCGACUUGGCUGCCUGCCCUGUGACAGCCACCAUGUAUGAGGAAAGGUCUUUCCUGCGUGACGCCAACCUCAUCGUCUUCCUCGUCCAGAUCCUCGAGGCCCUCUCAGAGUUCGACAUUGCCCUCGAGAGCUCUAUCACCCGUGGGGUGGACAACUGAGCUAAGGUGGCAAUGCAUCAUGGCACUGUACGUUACCAUUGCAGGAGUCUUACAGUGCAGUGGCAUAUGAAAGU